AUGUCGAUCUUCCCUAACUCCGUUGUGUCUUUAAAUGGAGCGAGUACACACAUUCGAGAUAUAGAUCAGGACAAAGUAUUCAAAAAAUGGAUUCGAAAUCAUCCCACACUUCUAACACAUCUUGUUUUAGAGACCGAUUGUCCAUGGCUUUGUCCAAAACAUCUUCCUGUACAUGAAUUUAAUCCAUGUAGUGGUAUAUUUAUCGUUUCGAAAUGGAUAGAAGAUGUUCUUCGAGCACCAGGGAAAAAUGCAUCAGCUAUCAUUCGUAUUGCUAACGACAACGCAAAACGUACGUUUAGUUUGCCCAUAUAG